AUGGAGAAGCAACCAAGCAACGUCCCCACGGGGCCACCGCCGGUGGAAAAUGCAUUGGAUGAUCUGAAGCUCAGGGCUGAGGCAUCGCUGGCUCGCGAUGUCGACCUAGGACAGAUGCUGGAGGUCGAGGCUACGCCAGAGGAACAGCGGAGGGUGUUGUGGAAGUUGGAUAUGAUCUUGAUCCCCGUCAUGGGUCUUUGUUACAUGAUGCAGUAUAUGGACAAGCUGGCCCUGAGCCAGGCGACACUAUUCGGCAUCCGAGAAGAUCUGGGCCUUACUGGAACACAAUACCCCUGGGCCUCGGCCGUGUUUUAUUUCGGAUACUUUGCAUGGAGCUGGCCGAGCAGCUACCUCAUCGUCCGUCUGCCCAUCGGCAAGUACAUCACGGCAUCGGUGCUCGUCUGGGGCGGCGUCUUGAUGUGCCAUGCCGCCGUAAAGAACUUUGGGGGACUGGUGGCAGCCCGGUUCUUCCUGGGGGUGGGAGAGGCAGCCAUUGCUCCUGGGUUUUCCUUGAUUACCGGAAUGUUCUACAAGCGUGAAGAGCAGCCUGCGAGACAAGCUGCCUGGUUCCUCGGCAACUCCAUCUCGACCGUCGUCGGGGGCGUCGUCGCCUACGGAAUCGGAUCAGUCAAAGACACCGCCGUGAACAGCUGGCAGCUCCUAUUCAUCGUGCUGGGCACCAUCACCGCCGGCAUGUCGUUCUGGAUGGUGUUCCUCCUGCCUGACUCUCCGAAAAACGCCAUCUUCCUGACGAAACACGAGCGCGCCAUCGCGAUCCAGCGCACACUGAAGAACAAGACGGGUGUGAUGGACGAGGGUGCCUUCAAAUGGAGUCAGGCGUGGCUGGCCAUCCGCGACCCGCAAACAUGGUUCCUAGUGUUGUACACGUUCUGCGUCAACCUCUGCAACGGAGGUGUCACCAGUGUAAGCCCUGAGUCUUUCCUUGCCUUCAACUCUCCUGGACAUUUCAAUAACCCGCAAGCUAGUUCUCAUCCAUCAUCAUCAACGGGUGCAGCCCAGGUCGUCUUCCUCAUCAUCAGCGCGGGGGUCGCCACCUUCGUCCCCAGGACCCGGAUCCUGAUGAUGUUUUUCAACACGGUGGUCUCGAUGGUGGGCAUGCUGCUGGUCUGGCAGCUGGACGAAGACAACCAAAAGGGACGGCUGACGGGACUGUCGCUGGGCGCGGUCUUUGCGGCCAACAUUCCCCUGUCGCUGAGUAUCAUCAGCUCCAACGUCGCUGGGUUCACGAAGCGCAGUGUGACCAGCGGUCUACUGUUCGUGGCGUACUGCGUUGGAAAUAUCGUCGGGCCGCAGUUCUUCAUUGACAGCGAGGAGCCUAGCUAUCCGACCGGUAUGAAAGCCGCUAUUUCGGGCCUGGCCUUUGGCGCGUUCUUCCUUCUUUGCCUGCUGGGGUACUACAUCUUCGAGAAUCGUCGCCGCGACGCGCUGUAUGGUCCGCCGGCGCAGCUGACCGAGGAGGAAGAGCAGGCCCAGGGAUUGUCGAACAAGACCGACCUGGAGAUAGAGAGUUUCCGGUACCUUAUGUAA